AUGGACAACUCCGACAUGCUAAUGAACUUGAUGAUGCAGCAGAUGGAGAAGCUUCCUGAUCAGUUCACUAACCAAAACCCUAACAAUACUUCCCAUAACAUCAUGAUGCUCUCUGACCCCAACACCCACCCUUUCUUCUUCAACCCCUCCCAUACCCAUCUCCCACUACUUGACCCAACCAUCACUCACCACCAACCCGGUUUAAAUUUCCGGUAUGCCCCCUCCACGUCAUCAUCUCUCCCGGACAAAAGAGGAGGCGGUGACAACGCCAACAUGGCGGCCAUGCGAGAGAUGAUCUUUCGAAUAGCCGUGAUGCAACCAAUACAUAUUGAUCCAGAAGCCGUGAAGCCACCGAAGAGAAAGAACGUGAGGAUCUCUAAAGAUCCACAGAGUGUUGCUGCUCGACAUCGAAGAGAGAGGAUAAGCGAAAGGAUCCGGAUUCUUCAGCGGCUUGUCCCCGGUGGAACCAAGAUGGAUACGGCGUCGAUGCUCGAUGAAGCUAUCCAUUAUGUUAAGUUUCUCAAGAAGCAGGUGCAGUCGCUGGAGGAGCAUGCGGUUGUUAACGGCGGAGGAAUGACGUCAACACCGGCCGGCGUUGGUGGAGGGUAUGGAGGAAAAGGGUGUGGGACGAUACGGUCUGAUCAUCACCAGAUGCUUGGAAAUGCACAGAUUCUUAGAUGA